UUCACUUGGGACCAUAMAGACGCGUGUUUUGACAAGAAAAACAAAUUUUUUAACAGUUAUGAUUGGUAUACAAGACGUKAUGAGAGGCAACGAACACUGCACUUUAUCAGAAAAAAACCUGAAAGAUAGGAAUAUCACGAUUGCAGUUGAGGGAAAUAUAGGUAGUGGAAAGACUACUUUACUCAAGUACUUUAAACAGAAUCCCAUUGUUGAGGUCAUUGAAGAACCAGUCAAGAAAUGGCARAAUGUUGGUGGUGAAAACCUUCUGGGCUUGUUCUAUGAGGAUUGCAUGCGAUGGAGUUAUCUUUUUGAGUCUUAUUUUCUUCUUACUUUAAUGCAAGUCCAUAAGAAACCACAUACCAAACCAAUCAAGAUGAUUGAACGAAGUGUAUACAGUGGUUACUACUGCUUUGAGCAUAACCUAUGUGUAAGUGGCUUGAUGUCACAGACAGAGCACAGUGUUCAUGAUCACUGGUUCAACUGGAUUACAGAACAAGAAAAACCUGAUCUUGAUCUUAUUGUAUAUUUGAGAACAAGCCCAGAAAAAUGCAUGGAAAGAAUCAAAAUGCGUAAUCGAAAUGAAGAAACUUCAGUAUCUAUGGAUCUACUAAAUGCUUUACACGAGAGACAYGAGUCAUGGCUGAUUCGUAAAGAACACCCUCUACCUGCACCAGUCCUAGUUGUUGAUGGAAACAAAACCCUAGAUGAGAUGUACAGAUACUAUGAUACUAAUUGUGACAGUCUUCUGGGGAUCAGCCCUCCAUACCAGUCUGUUGGUGUCAAAGUCAAUUGAGUCCAUUUGCUUCUUAAUUUUUUGACUGGGAAUA